CCCUUCCUCUCCGAGACUCCGACCCGACCGAAUCAAAAAGUAGCCGUUGGCCGCUCCCCUCCCGCAGUUUGCUCGCGUCCCAUUCCCAUGGACUCCGCCACCCUGGCGCUCGCCAGCCCCGCCUCCGAUGACCGGCGGUUCUGGCACAGCCUCCGCACCCGCGUCGACACCAUCCUCGAGGAUCGCCGCGUGCUCCCACCACCCGCCGCCGCCGCCACGCGCGGGGUGGAGUCCGAGCGGGGGAAGCGCUUCCGGGAGGACUCGCUGAUGCUCGUCCGUGGCCUGGACUCCGUGGCCGCGUCGCUGGCGCAGCUCUCCGACACCCUCACCGCCGCGCAGAAGGGAGUGAGUGCUCUGGCCACGUGCUCUUCUCAGGCGAGGGAAUGCGAGCGCAUCGCCGGCGUAGAUGAGGAGGAGGAGGAGGAGGAGCCAAAGGCAAAGCGGUUGUGUGGCAAUUCGUUGGAGGCCGCGGGCCUGGAUGGCGAUUCUCCAGUCGCAGUCGACGCCGGAAAGGAAGCGGCUGCUGGUUCUGAUGUGGAGGAAACCGCGGGCGUCAAAGUGCGGCAGGGGACGGGGGGUGUGCAGGCCUCCGCGGAGGUCGCGCAGAGCACUAACUUGAAGCGGGCCAGAAAUCUGGCUGUUUCAAUGGCAAGUAGAGCAGCUGCGCUCGCAAGGGAGCUCAAGAACAUCAAAUCGGAGCUGCACUUCAUGCAGGAGAGGUGCGGUUUGCACGAGGAGGAGAACAAGAGACUCAGAGAAGGAUAUGACAACGGAGCUGCCCCUGAAGAAGAUGAUCUGGUGAGACUGCAAUUGGAGGCUCUACUUGCAGAGAAGUCGCGGUUGGCGCAGGAGAACGCCAACCUGACGAGGGAGAACCAGAGCCUGAUGCAGCUGGUGGAGUACCACCAGUUGACCUCCCAGGAUCUGGAUGACUCCUACGAGGAUGUUAUGCAGGGGAUGCGGCUUGACUUCUCGUCGCCGCUGGGGAAGAUCAGCGACGACGAAGAAGGCGAGUAUGACGGAGUCCCGGUCACCCCAGCUGAGGUGCCGAGCUCCCCGGAAGAGUAGACAAAUGAUUUUUUUGGAAUAAGAUGGGUUUUCCAAUGGCGGAAUCAGCAGUCUUCCAUUAUAACUGCUUUUGUAUGUGCUCCUAACUGACCACUCUUGGUGGUGGUUUUGAUUUUCUCGACUGAAUAAUAUUUUAUUCCAUUCUAUAUACAUUUUACAUCAUUA